AUGAAGGCGGCCUCAACAGAAUCCAGUCGCGACGCAUCCAAGCCGUCUACCCAGGUUCUUUCUCUUGUAUCCUCGUUCCUCGCUGAAAAUGGAUUUCACUCGGCUGUCAAGGCCUUUCAGAAAGACCUCAAACGAAUGAAGCAGUCGGUGGAAGUCGUUAGCGUCGCGGAUUCACAAGAUGGUGUUAAUCUACAAGAGAUUGUUGAUAACUGGAACAAGCAAGAGGCGCUACAAUCUACACAGCACUCUUCAGAUAGCACCACCUCGGAUUCGAGCGAGGACGCGAUGUCAGGGUCAGACUCAGAGUCUGGCAGUGCAAGUAGCAGUGAAGAGAGCGAUGCGGUCAAGAGCAGCGGGGACACAUCCACUUCAGAGUCCGAGUCCGACUCAGGGACAGAUGAAGACGUGUUGAAGACAAAGCCAGCGUCUAAAUCGAAGAGAGCCAAGCCCAGCAAGAGAGAUUCGUCCCCGUCAAGCUCUUCAUCGGUGUCCUCCGAUAGCGAUGCCGACGAUGAGCGAGAGAUUGGCGCCAAAGCAAAAGCCAAGGCCCCACGGAAGAAGUCUUCAAAUACCUCGAACGAUGGCGAAAAAGCCCCGACCCUCAAGCGGAAGGCACGAUCCAGCUCGCCAGAAUCGCCUUCUUCGGAUUCGGAUUCGGAUUCGGAUGAUCGGCCGUCAAAGCGAGCCAAGAUUGAGGCCAACGAGGACGAGGACGAGAGUUCCUCAAGCAAUGUAUCCUCCUCGAGCUCCGAGGAAGACUCGGGUGAUGCCAAAGACUCAUCCAGCGGGGAAGACGAAGUGGAGAGCGGAGCAAUGAGCACAGAUGUAUCCAAGGGACAUGUAAAGCUCGAUAAUGCCGCCGACGGUCUAUCUGAUUCAUCAUCGGGAACAGUCACAGGAGAUGUUGUUGAGCCAAACGAGUCAUCUGCCAGACAAGCCGACGCAACGAUAAACAGAGGGAAAAAGCAGGCGGUAGCGACCAAGAAGGCGCAUGAAGGCGCGAGGCCAACUCCGCUGGCACAACUGUCAGCCCAGGCAACGGCAGAUUCUCAUAUCAGCAAUGCCUACCGAAGCUAUGACUAUGCCGAACGAGCAUACAAAGACUUGUCUGUCACACGGGGCAAAGGGUUCACCAAAGAGAAGAACAAGAAGAAGCGGGGCAGCUAUCGUGGAGGAGCCAUUGACAUAAGUGGUGGAAAGGGGUUCAAAUUCGACGACUAA